AUGUCGCAUCUCGGUCUUUCCAAGAAACGCCGACGUGUCGACAAAUCCAAGAUGGCAGCGAACUGGGAAUCAAACAUGCUUGAUCAAAACCCCGGAUACUUCACGAGCGAUCGCGUCUUCCUCGUUGCAAAAGAUCUACUCUGCAAACAGUCUUCUUACUUCGCCAAGAUGUUCAAUGGAAAAUUCUCUGAAGGAAAGACGAAUGAAGCCACCUUGAAAGUGAUUGAGGGGGUUCUUUCUCUCCAGAGCUUUGAAAUGCUUCUGCAGUGGCUCUACAUCGGCAAUAUCACAUUCUACUCGGAAGAUGUAGGGGCCCAGAUCUCUGCCCUCAUUGAACUUGCGAGACUUGCCGAUAUGUGUGCUGUCCAUGCACUGGAGGCUGCCACGGCAAAUUUCAUCAAAAUGCUGAUCCUCGACACAUCUGAUCUGGCGCGGGCCGGUUACAAGAUGAAUCCAAACGCAAACACCUAUGCUCUCUCAUCUCACAAUAUUCAGUCGGCGACAGAGCUUCCACAGGGCCAUAAAGUGCGUGCUGUUCUUGCUGGUGCCUCCGUCGAGGGAUAUUUGCGUUCCGAGAACCAUAAAUUUCGCGCGGUUGUUCUCGAGAACACCCUUUAUAAGGAGGAUCUUAUCUGUGAGCUCAAGAAAGGUUACAAGAAGAUCAGUUCUAACACAGCAUACGUUGUGGAUCCAAUCUCCGAAAAGAGCUUUUCUGUGGAUGCAAGCGAAGGUGCUAAGCUCUCCCAGUUCAUCAAGUCAACUACGACUGAUACAGCUUAG